GCUCAGAGCUCUAUGGUUAGACACAUGGCCUUUCCAGCUCAGAGCUCUAUGGUUAGAGAUUCAUGGCAUUUCCUGUGAGUGUAAAUAGACAGCUGGGCUGCGAUGGCUUCGCUGCGGAUCAGUACUGCCUUUAAGUAAGGCGAGCAGGGUUGGAGCCACGUUUGGAGCAGCGUUGUCCAUGCAGCAGCCAGCUCCUGCAGGUGAAUGCGGCGGACAUGGAGCUGGGCUCAGCGCUGUACAGCAGUUUGAAGGAUGUGGCAUGGAGCACCACUACUCUGCCUCUGGAUCGGCUGGUCACUGCCUACAGGCUGCCGCAGAUUGUAAGAUUGGACAGCGGGGAGUCGGUGGAAGGGCUGAGAGAAAACGACUACCUCUUGAUUCAUUCAUGCCGGCAGUGGACUACGAUCACCGCGCAUAGCCUGGAGGAGGGCCAUUAUGUCAUCGGACCGAAAAUUGAGAUCCCUGUCCAUUAUGAGGGUCAGUUCAAACUGCUGGAGCAGGACAGGGACAUUAAAGAGCCUGUGCAGUACUUCAACAGUGUGGAGGAUGUGGCCAAAGCAUUUCCGGAACGAGUCUACGUCAUGGAAGAAAUCACGUUCAACGUUAAGAUGGCCUCAGGGGAGUGCAAUGAAGACACAGAGGUGUACAACAUCACGCUGAACACGGGCGACGAGCUGACCCUCAUGGGCCAGGCGGAGAUCCUCUACGCCAAGACGUCGCGCGAGAGGUCGCGCUUCAACACCAUCUUCAAGCGCAUCGGCAAGCUGAACUCCAUGGGCAGGCUGGGGCGCGGCAAAAUGCCAUGCCUCAUCUGCAUGAACCACCGUACGAACGAGAGCAUUAGCCUGCCCUUCCAGUGCCGCGGGCGCUUCAGCACCUGCUCGCCAUUGGAGCUGCAGAUGCAGGAGGGCGAGCACACCAUCCGCGCCAUCGUGGAGAAGACACGGCUGCCCGUGAACGUGACGGUGCCGGGCAGCCCGCCGCGCAACCCCCACGACCUGCAUGUGAUCCGCGAGGGCCACCGCUACAAGCUGGUCAACGUGCAGACCAAGACCGUGGUGGUGUGUUGUGGGCUACACGCCAACAAGGUGCUACCUGUACACUUCGCCCUGCAGGCCGGCGGGGCCGGCGCUCUGCCACGCCUGCUUGUGCCCGAGGGUCUGCUGCAUGGCGAGGCCUGGCUGGAGACGGUCGUCCACCGCUGGUUCACCUACUGCCAGGAGCAGUUCAACAUCGACGACUACUCGCGGGCCGUGCGCGACGUGCGCGCCGACUGGACGGAAGACAGCAAGAGCCCCAAGAAAGGGGGUGGGACCAACGGCUGCCCCUCCCACACACACCUGCCUAGCUCACUUAGUUCAGCCCGGGACGAGCUCACGCAGUCGUUCCACCGUCUCUCCGUCUGCGUCUACGGCAACAAUCUGCACGGCAACAGUGAGGUGAACCUGCAGGGCUGCGUGAGUCUGUACGGCGAGUACGCGCCUCCCGAACCGCCGGAUGCCGAUUACCUGUUCACCGAGCUUUCGGACGACUCAUCCGGCCCGGGCGGCCCGGGCAAAACGGAUCUGCCCUACGAGGAGCUGUGGCUGGACCACGGGAAGAGACGCGGGCCCACGUACGAGCACUCCGAGGCUGGCCGCGGGAGCACCGGCACGUCCGCCUGCCCGCACGUGCCGCCAUACCUCAGCACGGGACCAGCCAGCGUCCUGCUCAGCGCAGACAUCGGUCUACCUCCACCCCCUGUGCCUCCAAAGUCCGAAGCUGUGAAGGAGGAGUGCCGGUUGUUGAACGCCCCUCCCAUCCCCCCGAGGACUUCCAAACAGUCGGCUCCGAGCUCCAGCGGCGGGGUUCCCUACCCCCCCACCAAACCCCGGCAGGCAGACACGCGUUCUCCCAGCCCCUCCCUUUCCUAUUACUCCUCGGGCCUGCACAGCAUCCUCCGUCCCUCAUCUUUUUGCAGAGGAGGAGAUGGCGAGCCUCCAGGAGAACCAGACGAGCCGAACCACACGUGCUACCCAUGCAGCUGGCCUCGAGCGGACGCCAAGCUGCACUCCUGCCUCGGGCCGUCCAGGGACGCUGCUCUCUCCCGCCUGUCCUGGCCCAACGACUUCUGCGGGGGCGAGUCGCACAAGGGGGAGGAGUUUUUGUCGGCCCAGUGCCGUAGUUACUCCAGCUACCCGAGGAAAAGGACCCCUGCCACCCCCAAGGCUUGUGCCUCAGAUCUUUUUGACAGGGGGGAGGGGUUAGAGAGGAGCACCGCCUCCAAAAAGGCCCAACAGCCUGCCCAAGUUUGUAGUAAAUCUACAAGUUAUACCCUGGAAAUGUACAGGGACACGCCCACCGAGGAACCUAACACUAAGCAAAGCCAGUCCUGCCCUAUAUUGCCACCAAGAACCCCAAAAUCAAACGACUCUAAGAAAGGCAGGGACUGUGCGCUGGCAGAGGUCACAAGCAACGAGGCCGCGGAACUCUGUUCGGCAAGCUGCUCAGUGGAGAAGUCGCGCCACAGCACCACAGCCUCCCGACCGGUCGCCUCGGGGUUGCCAUGGCAACCACCAAUCGACCUGUCGGGCCUUUCCAUUGAAGAGGUCUCGAAGUCAAUGCGGUUCAUAGGCAUGUCCGAGGACGUGGUCGCGUUGUUCGUCAGAGAGAAAAUUGACGGCAAUUUGCUCCUGCAGCUCACGGAAGAGAUCCUGUCAGAGGACUUUAAGCUAAGCAAACUACAAGUGAAGAAACUCCUGCAGUUUAUUAGUGGCUGGAGGCCCAAAAUGUAAGCUUGAACAAACCCAAAACUAGUCUACGACAAAACAUGCACUGUGCUGCAGCCUGGGACACUGGCCUUCAGUAUUGCAUUAGACUGUUUUGUAUCUAUAUGCUAUGCACAGUCAGAAGCCUUGUAAUGAAUUUUACUGAUGUAUAUGUGUGUAUGUAUGUAUGUAUGUAUGUAUGUGUACACACACACAUUAUAUAAGUGUGUGUGUGUGUGUGUGUGCUUUAUGUAUUAACUUUCAUGUGUUGAUGUAUACCCUUCUCUAUGUAAUCUCUCUCUGACCUUAUGGUACCUGCACAACAAACUUAACACUUUGCUCAAACCCAAAGCCUUUGAGAAAUAUGAUAUUUUUGACUCCACCCAAUCAUGGCUUCAGUUUCCUUGGUUGGUGAUCAAUAAACAGUGUGCCACAAACUGUGCCACAGAUAUUCAA